CACACUGCGACGAUGAAGAACACGCGCAAGAUCUCGCCCGAGCUGCAGUCGGGCAACACGCACCGUGCGCUGCACCGGGACAACUCGACCAACAAAUUCAACACCAACACGAGCCGUGCCCUGCACCGGGACAAUUCGACCAACAAUUUCACGACCAUGGCCACGCUCCGACCACCGCCCUUCCACAGGGCUGGCAGCAUGCGCACGCCGACGCAGCGCUGGGGCAUGGCCAUCCUCGAGCGCAAGUCGUACGCGGGUUUGAUGAGCAUAAUCACGCUCUACUGCCUCUUCGCCGACGACUUUCGCGCGGCUUUCUUUAGCAAGAGCGCCGACAUGGGCUUCUACGUCGUCGCGUUCCUCUGCCUCCUCCUCUUCCUUAUCGAGUUUGGUCUCUCGUGCCUGUGCAAACCGGGCUACCUCCUCUCCUUCUACUUUUACCUCGACGUCCUCGCCACCUUCUCGCUUCUGCCCGACAUUGGGUUCAUCUGGAGCCCGCUGACGAACGCCGAUACGGUCUCGAGCGUCUCGAAGGCGGGCUCGACAGCCGGGCGCAUCGUCCGUGUCGUUCGCGUCAUCCGGCUCAUUCGUGUCGUCAAACUCAUCAAGUGGAAGCACAGCAAGGCAGAAUCGGACUUGGUCAUUGUCGAGAGCAAGACGGGCGGCCGCAUGGCCGAAAUGACCAUUCGCCGCGUCGCUCUGAUCGUGCUCUUCCUCUGCUUUGUGCUCCCGGCCUUUGACGGCGGCUACAACGAGUCGUUCAACCUUUUCGAGUCGCGCGGCUUUGACUUGAUCCACCAGAUGACGACGACGCCAGCCGAUGUGUCCGUGAGCCCGAUCUUUCUCAACACCUUUGGAAGCUGGUUUUACUACACGACCAACGACAUUGUGUACCUCUCGCUCCACAACAUCACUGGCGACAAGUUCGGGCGGCUCUUCACGUCGUUCUCGUUUCCAAGGACGGACGUCUCGUCUGCGCAGAUGGCCAAGGUCUUGCCGUCACAGGCCGCCGUGCUCGACACUUACCGCAUCAGCGAGCUCCGGUCCAUCACAUCCACUGGCUGUUUUGCGGCGUGGAAUGGGUCGGACAUUGUAGCCGACCCCGUGCUCCUCUCGGCGUCGUGUCACUCGGUGGUCUGGUUUGAUAUUUCGGAGAUGGCCCGAGCCACGGCCAUCUCGGGCAUCUACCGCACGAUCUUCAUCCUCGGCAUCCUCGUCGUCUCGUCCAUCUCGUUUGUGCACGUGGCCCGCGUGACGGUGCUAGACCCGAUCGAGCGCAUGAUGGCGACCGUCAAGGAGCUGUCCGAGAACCCGCUUGGGAAACAUACGCACGUCGAACAUGAGGACCAGCGACUCGCCAAGGAGAAGGGCGUGGAGACCGCGGUGCUGGAGGCAACCCUCGAGAAGAUUUCGGGCUUGAUGCAAGUCGGUUUUGGCGCUGCUGGCGGCGACAUCAUUGGCAAGAACAUGGGCGCCGGCGACCUCGACCCCAUGUUACCCGGGAAGAAGAUCACGUCCAUCUACGGCUUUUGCGACAUUCGCCAGUUUACAGACACGACCGAGUGCCUUCAAGAAGAGGUCAUGAUCUACGUCAACAAGCUCGGUCACAUCAUGCACAGCGGGACGCACCACUACUACGGCAUGGCCAACAAGAACGUCGGCGACGCGUUUCUCUUGAGUUGGAAGAUCUGCGAUGGUGAGCUGCCCGGCUUUGCGCGGUUCAGCGACACGCCGACGGAAGAGGACCGCAAGGCCGUGAACCUCUCGACCAAAUGCCCUGCGAAUGCUGGUGCGGGCCAGCGCAUGCGACGCAUCACGCCGACCGAGAUGGCCGACUCGGCGCUCACGGCCUUUCUCAAGUGCAUGAUCGACCUCGACAACGCCAACUCGUUUGGCGUCUUGCACGAGUACAUCAUCAAGGACGUGGUCGUCAAGCGCUUCGGCGCUGGGUUCCGGAUCCGCAUGGGCUUUGGCAUGCACGUGGGGUGGGCGAUCGAAGGUGCGAUCGGAUCACGUUUCAAGAUUGAUGCGACGUACAUCUCGCCGCACGUCGAGAUGGCGGACCGUCUCGAGGCCGGGUCCAAGAUCUUCAAGACGCCCGUCAACAUCAGCCACUGGUUGUACGCGCUGCUGUCUCCGGCGGCGCGCAAGUUUCUGCGCAAGAUGGACCGAAUCCGCAUUCGAGGCGUGGACACGCCGCUGACAGUUUACACGUUUGACGUGACCAACCCCAAGCCAGGGUUUGCAACCCCUCGAUUCGAAAAGGAUGAAGAAGGCGACGACAUGCAGAUCCCAGUGGAUUUUGAGAACGACGCCGAGUACAAGGAGAUCCGAGAGGGUCUGGACCCGGCCUUUCUUGAAGCGGCGUCCAACGGAGUCGAACUCUACCUCAAGGGUGACUGGCGCAGCGCCAAAACAGCCUUUACACUCGCACUGGAACUUCGACCAAGCGACGGUCCCGUGUCGCACGUCAUGGACUACAUGAAGAGCUUUGACUUCGACUCGCCAAAGAACUGGGAUGGCGUUCGUGACCUUGACGGCUACUGA